GUUUUCUGGUGUUCAAAGGCUGGUUCUGUGUCAUAGUACUGUUUUGGAUAUCAACCCGUCUAGCAAUUUGGUGGUUUGAGUUGUUAUGACUUGGUCAAAAAUCUCAUGAAGUAAUAGUUUUCAGCUUGCUGAAGUAUUAAGGAAUCUGAUUUUGAAGCUUAAUUAGUCUGAAGCCACGGGCUGUUGCUAGUUUUUGGAUGUUGAAGCUUAUUCCAAAAACGUAGCUUGUUGGCAUUGUUUGUUAUUUCUACAUUGCAAUCAGAAAGAACCGUAGCUUCAUUGGGAUUCUUCUGGAACCAAUUCUUCUUUUGGAGAAAGUCAGACAUUCAGUUUAUGUGUUACCUUGUAUUCUGUAGCUUUAGCAGAACCUUUCCUCUCCCCAUCUUAUUUUCUACUAUUUGGCUUUCUCACUUACUGCUCCUCCUCUUUCUUUUUUUCUGUCUCAAGAAGGAUAUAGUACAUUCACAAAAGGUCCAAAAAUGGAAACGCACAGAUGACCUUGUUAUCUUUUCUUUUUUUUUCUAGAGAGACAACAAAUAAACAAUUGGAUGGAGCUAACUGCCUGGAAAAUUAACUUCUCUGUUCUAACUUGUCAUGUAAUGAUGGGAUUGGACCUCAAAUUCUAUACCCUGCUGACAACCCACCCAUCUGAUUGUCCUGUCCAAAUUAGUGUAGGUAUAGCUUCAGAAGCUACAUUCUGAUCACUGCCUUCCCAUCUUUGUCAGAAUAGCCAGGAUCUGCAUGUCAGAAGUUCAUUUUCUAAGUAAAUCCUUUAUGUCAGCUCUACAUCUUGCAUUUGAAUAAUAUUCUAAAGCAUCUAGAAAUCAUGUUGCAUAGUUUGAAUUUAUUCCUCCGCUGAUUCUGAUGUCUGCACAGAUAUCUUUUCAUUUAAUCUUUGGUUCAAAAAACUUCUCAUCUUCAGUCGUAUUGCGUUUGGUAUUGUUACUCAAUAUUUCUUUCAAACUUUAGAAAUUAAAAGUAAAUCAGCUUACAUGCUUCUUUUUGGUGAAACGGGAGGAGCUCAGUCUGACCAAUAUCCUUCAUCUUGGCUAACCCCAUUCUGUACCUCUUUCAAAAACUUCUUUUGCUUUUUCCUUAUUUGUUUCUGUGUUGGUUUCUGUGUUGGGUCAGUACAUCCCAAUCAUGGAUUUGUUGUACCUUUUUUCUUUAAUCUGCAUGCUGGUGCAUUUGCCUUAGAAAGUGCAUAGUAUAUUCCAUAUUAUUUUGCACUUUAUUAUUGAAAGUAAGUAACUAUGGAAUUUUAAAUUUUGUUCUUUCAUUUUCUCUUUCUUUUUUAGUAUGCUUUAUUUCUUUUAGUUACACUUUGUGUUAUGUAAGUAAAUAACACCUGAGAUUUUGCUUAUGGUUGAUAACUUCCAAAUGUAUUUCUAAUUUUAUGUUGGCACCCUGAGAUUUCUUGCUAUUUAAAUUUCCAUAAAAUCAAAGAGUAAAAUUAAGCAGGUGACUUGUUAGAUUUUGCCAAGCAGCAUCAUGAGUUUUCAUGACCUGAUUGUAGGAACAAUGCAAUGGCCAUCUAAGACUUGUUCUUCUGGUUAAUGCGGAAUGUAAUUGUACACUUUUUGUCUAGAAGAUUAUAGAUCUUAAUUCAUUUAUGGUGAAGGCUAAUUUAUUUGUAUAUCCCAAUUAGUAUAAGGAGAAGUACAUAAUGCAAUCAACUUCAAUUGCCAGGAUACAAGUGUAGGAGUAGCAGUAGAUCCAGAAAGAUUCAAGAGCUCAGUAUCAAGUGAUAUCACAUAGUAUUUUAUUGGAUCAAGAAAACCAUAUGGCCAGUGCAAUUUCAAGAAACCACCGCCUUCGCUAUAUAUAUUGCUCUUUCUCCUCUAACUACAGCUUGUUAAACCGAUGCCAUUCAACUUCAUCAUCAAGGAGUCCUCUGCUACAGCUUUAUAAUAAUAGCGGCCUCGAAAAUCUCCAUCAUCGGUCCCAACUUCUAUCUUCAUCGGAUUUUGGAAGGGUUCAAUAUGGAAUGUUUCCAUCAUGGACAUCAAAGCAUAGGUUUCUUUGCACCACUACUACUAAUGUGAAUAAAUCAAGUAAUUCUGCUGGACCUUCAGAUGCUGGAAAAAGCAAAACCUCGAGUGGCGGCUCUCAAAAGACUACCGAGCAAGGGAAGCCAAUUCGAGGCUCGCCGGUUUCAUGGAUGAGCUUUUUCUUACUUCUUGCUACUGGAGCAGUAUUAGUUUGGUAUUAUGACCGGGAAAAGAAGCGACAUAUUGAAGGAAUCAAUAGUGCUUCUAAGACAGUAAAGGAGGGGCCUUCUGCAGGGAAAGCUGCAAUUGGGGGUCCAUUCAACCUUGUGGAUCAUACUGGGAAGUCUGUGACUGAGAAAAAUUUCUUUGGGAAUUGGAAUCUAAUAUAUUUUGGAUUCACACAUUGUCCGGAUAUAUGCCCAGAUGAACUACAAAAGCUUGCUGCUGCAGUGGAUAAAAUAAAAGAAAAAUCUGGAAUUCAAGUUGUCCCAGUGUUCAUCUCAGUUGAUCCUGAAAGAGAUACAGUUGAGCAAGUUCGGGAAUAUGUUAAAGAAUUCCAUCCAAAUUUAAUUGGGCUUACUGGUAAUGCGGAUGAGAUAAAAAAGGCUGCACGUGCAUAUCGAGUUUAUUAUAUGAAGACAGAAGAGGAAGGUUCAGACUAUCUUGUUGACCACUCAAUUGUCAUAUAUCUCAUGGAUCCCAAAAUGGAGUUUGUCAAAUUUUUCGGCAAGAACACUGAUGCUGAUUUACUUGCAGAAGGUGUAAUUAAUGAGAUAAAGCAACGGAAAAAAGUGGGAGCAUGAUACUACCAAGUUUUUGAGGAGAAACUUUUAGACUUGCUGAAUGUGUAAUACAUCAAUUUUGAUGGGGUAUUUCUGGCUUUUUCCAGGUUUGAGGUGGGAUGAGAAGAUUUCAUUUACUGACUUUUCAUGGCUUAUCGAAGGCUGAAUUAACUUGGUGCUGAGAAGAAUGAAAAUCAAUUUUCCUUUCUGUUCUAACCUGAAAUAACAAACAGCUGCAUAUUGUCAGAGUUUACCCCGAAAGAUAAUUUUCUUCCAUACACGUGCUAAGCUUUCCUCGGAGUGAACCCUGUGGGUGAUUUUCUGCUAUUGGCAAUAUAUCGUUCUGUAAAUCACUGCUCUCAGUACCAGAAGACGGGCGUGUCUCACAGUUGCAAGUCUGCAACUGUGCAGGACUUGCUGUCACAUUGUAAUGUAUUAGCCCCAUAAAUAAGAGAAUAUGUUCAUGGCCAAAAGAUCUUAAAGUCAAUCCUUAAAUAUAAAGUAAGUUUUUUUUUUUUUUAUCUGAUUGUAGGAUCAAAGAGAUUAUUUGGUGAAACAUGCUACGAUAUGGGAGAUUUGCUUGUUGAGCUUGGUUUGAAUUAGUUUAAUGUUUUGCCAAAUGAUGCUGGAUGUUUUAUCAUAA